AUGGCACGCCAAAAUUCUUCCUUCCCCCACCAAAAUGGCCGUGCUCAACCCCAAGUGGUGGUGGUAAUGGUGCCUCUACCAGCGCAAGGCCAUCUUAACCAGCUUCUCCACCUCUCCCGCCUCAUCUCCGCCUACAAUAUCCCCAUCCACUACGUUGGCACCAAAGCCCACAGCCGCCAGGCGAAGCAACGUGUCCACGGUUGGGACCCUCUUUCAGUAGAAAACUUCCAUUUCCAUGAAUUCCAAAUCCCAGAUUUCCAAUCGCUUCCUGCUAACCCUUAUGCCUCCACCAAAUUCCCCUCACAUCUUCAACCGGCAUUCAACGCAAUGUCCCACCUUCGCCUGCCGGUCGCAUCACUACUUCACUCUCUCUCAACUACUGCACACAGAGUUAUUGUCAUUCAUGAUUCUCUCAUGUCGUCUGUAGUUCAAGAUAUAGCUUCGAUUCCGAACGGCGAAUCAUACAUUUUUCACAGCGUUUCAGCCUUUGCGAUCUUCUGUUUCUUCUGGGAAGCCGUCGGAAAACCUUUUCUGAUGGAGGAAGAAGAACUAGAACAUCUCCCUUCUCUUGAAGAUUGCUUCACAACGGAAUUCAUGGAAUUCAUCGACACUGAACAAAACUAUAUAGGUUUCAGCUCCGGCAGCCUUUACAACGCUAGCAAAGUUAUAGAAGGUAAAUACAUUGAUUUAAUCAAAAAAAUUCCAGGUGAAGAGAACAAGAAACAUUGGCCUAUAGGGCCAUUCAAUCCAGUGGAAUUAACAGGUAAGAAAAAUGGACGCCAUAAAUGUGUCGAAUGGCUUGAAAAACAAGAACCAAAAUCAGUGAUUCUUGUUUCAUUCGGAACUACAACUUCAUUAACAGAUGAGCAAAUCACAGAGCUUGCAAUUGGGCUAGAUCAAAGCGGAGUGAAAUUCAUCUGGGUUUUGAGGGAUGCAGAUAAAUGUAACAUUUUCACAGGUGAAAAUCGAAAAUCCGAACUUCCUCAAGGGUUUGAAGAAAGAGUUAGAGAAAGAGGAAUUGUAGAGAGAGAGUGGGCACCCCAAUUAGAGAUUUUAGCGCACUCUGCAACUGGUGGAUUUCUGAGCCACUGUGGAUGGAAUUCAUGCAUGGAGAGCAUUUCAAUGGGGGUGCCUAUCGCUGCAUGGCCAAUGCAUUCAGAUCAGCCGAGGAAUGCUGUUUUAAUUACAGAGAAGUACAGAAAUGACAUGAAAAAGUUGAUUGCUGUAAAGAGUUAA